AUGGCUACCAAAGCUACUCGCCUCGGCGAAGAGGUGUGGAAGACCCGCGUUGACAAGGUCAAUGCCGAACUCGUCACUCUCACCUAUGGCACCAUCGUCGCCCAACUGUGCAAGGACUACAACGCCGACUACGCUCAGGUCAACAAACAGCUGGACAAGAUGGGUUACAACAUGGGCAUGCGCCUGAUCGAGGAUUUCCUGGCAAAGUCAAACUCGGGCUCUUGUUCCAAUCUGCGUGAGACGGCAGAGGUCAUCUCAAAAGUCGGCUUCAAGAUGUUCCUCAACAUCACUCCCGUCGUCACAAACUGGUCGCCCGACAACAAGUCCUUCAGCCUGUUGUUCGACGAGAAUCCCUUGGCCGACUUUGUCGAGCUGCCCGAUGAUGGAAAGGCUCAAGAUGAACUGUGGUACUCCAACAUCUUCUGUGGCGUCUUGCGAGGUGCCUUGGAAAUGGUUCAAAUGCAGGUCGAGACUCAGUUCACGAGCGAUGUUCUUCGUGGUAACGACACGACAGAGAUACGCGUUACCUUGAUCCGCUACAUUGAGGACGAGAUGCCACCGGAUGAUGAGUGA